AUGCCGCCGUCUCCUCCGCAAGUGCUGUUCUUUGGCGAGUUCAGGCCAAAAGAAACCGGAGAACUAGACGAGGUGAAGUUCCGAGAAGCCGUGGUAGCGAGGAUCAUUCACGUCGUGCCGGCGGGAGAGCAGCCCACCCAGGUUGCCCUCCCCCCGACGUUUCGAGGGAUCACGCAGGUCGAGCCCUUCCAACUCGAGGUGUUCUGCAAGAACCUCAACAACCUGCACUCGAAAUAUUUCGACCGCCUCAUGCCCACGGCAACGGUGCCGGGAGGCGCGGUGUACACCAUGCCGCAGGACAUCGUCACCAACCACCUCGUCAUUAGAGGUUCCUUUCAGGCGAUGUCGGUCGUCAUUUGCGGCACUGUUGUUCCGCGGACGGCGCUGUCGCCGGACGCUAUCCAGGCGCUGACGGUGUCGGACAAGCCGCCCCUGGGCGGCCCUUCCCCGCCGCCGUCGGCGUUAGUGCCGCCCCCUCCCCCACGACCAUCACCGCCGCCAAACAGCCACCAACAACAAAUGCAACAGCCGCAAGCCAUGGCUGUGGACGGCCCGCCGCCGCCCCCGCCGCCAGCACGACCUGCGACCCAGGCACCACCGGCAGCAUCGGCGGCGGUUGUGGGCGGGACCGCUGCCCCGGCGGCGGCGGCGGCGGCGGCACCCAGGAAGAGGACGGUUCCCAAGGCUGCCUCCUCCUCCUCCUCCUCCGACAAGCCGUCCUCGCCGCCACCUCCCGCGGCGUCGCCGUCGGGCCCCGGCCCUUCAAAGGACUCUUCUUCGCUGCCGAAGGCUUGGGCGCCGUUGGCACUGCCAGCUGCCGCCGCGACGGCGGCGGCGGUGGGGCAGGGGGGUACCACCGGCGACGGUGUGUCCCCGGCGGACCUGGCGCCGUACGGAGAGGCGGAGCUGUCGACGGCGCUGACGGUGCCGCCGGAGAGGCUGCAGCGCUCCGCGGCGGAGGCGAACCCUUUCGACGACCGCUUCUUGGUGCCGGCGGACGCCGCCCGGGGGGUAAAGGAGGCCGUGGCGCGGCUCGUUAGCCUUGCUGAUGAGAGCGGCCCGGCGGGCAGGAAUCUCGAGUGCGAGGCGCUCGAUGCUGCCGCCGACUGCGUGGAGGCGUGCUUCCGCCGGCAGACGCCGGCGAAGAAAGGAGAAGAGGGAGGACAACAAGGCGGCCUCGUCCCGUCUCCGGUGGCGGUGGAGCAAGGCUCGACCGUUGCCACUACCGGCACAACGGCGACCGUCGUGCCGAGCAGCGAGGCGUUCAACGACGACGUUUCGGGACCGCUCGCGACGGCGGUCAUCCGCUCCCUCCGCUUCUUCCGCGCCGCGGCGGCGGGGACGGAGGCGGGGUCUAUCCCCGCCGGUGAGGGGGAGGAGGAGCGCGGUGGGGGCCGGCACACGCCGGCGGUGGCCGUCCUGGCCGACGGCUCGGUCACCGUCGACGACGGACACCGGCGGGUGGCCCUGGCGGGGCUAAGGCUGGCGGGGGCGGUGGCGACGGCGCCCAGCCCGGCGGGCGCGCUCCUCGCCGCGGGGGGUUUCCACGUGCUGUGGCGGUUGCCGCUCGACCCGGCGGCGACGCCCAUGGGGGUGGCGCUUGCCCUCGGCGCGCUCUGCCAGGGGAUACGGCACGCCGACGUGCUGCGCGUGUUUUUGACGAGGUGGGAGGAAGGUGUGGAUGAUGGCGCGGGAGGGGCCGAGGCGGAAGGGCUGUCGAGGCUGGGCGGGUACGAGGCUUGUGCGUCGGUGCUUUCCCGUCAGGUAGCACACCCGGCGGCCCUUUCUCGAGGGCGGUCGAUCAUGCAGUACGUCGCCCUCGUCGAGUGCCUCCAGCUCGUCCGCAAGCUGGCCACGAAAGCGGGCACGACGGUAGCCGCGGCGAAGGCGGCGGAGGCGACGGGCAAGGACGGGAGUGCCGGUGGGGGCGGGGGGGCUGCCGCCGCGGUGGCGGCGGCGGCCGGCCCUGCGGCGGUGAAAGGCAUGGAGGAUCUCGCGCACGCGCUAGGCGCUCUGGAGGCCCUGAUGUCGGAAGGGGCCGGGGAGACCUCAGCCUCCGGUAUUCAACCGGGCAUCCGGAAAGGAGACCGAAAGAGGCGCUUGCAAGGCUUCGAGGUUCUUCUGGCCAAGGCGGCGCGCGACAAGCGCCCCCGGGGGGGGCUGGCGCCGUCGCUGGUGGCAUUGCUGUGGGAGCACCAGCUGCCGGCCGCCCUCGCCGCCGGUGUGGCGGCGGCCGCGCUGGCUUCCGAGAAGGAGGCCGCCUCGUCGUCGGCGGCGAUGAUGUCGAGGGUUAAGGAAGGCGCGGCGGCGGGCGGGGGCGGCGGGGAGAGAGGGGGCGGGGAGGAAGGGCCUGCUUCCGCGGCCGCCGCGCUCGUCUUCGCCGGCGUCCGCCAAGUUGCUCUCCGGCUGCUGCGCGGCGCCGGCGACCCGCUGUCGGGCGCGCUGGUGUUCGCCGGGCAGCCCAGGUCGACGGCCGCGCUAGCGUACGGCCUGGACCCCUCCGCGCUCGCCACUCCCGUUGGCCCCGAGAGUUCGCCGACCAUCGAAGCUCUGGCGGACGGGCUUGACCAGACUCUUGUCACGCCGGGGGGACUUGCCCGCUUGCUAGUCCGCAGCUGCCAGGCGUUGUCAGCGGCGGACCUCGCUCUCAGCACCGCCGACAAGUCGCCCCAGGCGGGGCGGGGAGGUAUGGUCAUCGACGGCGGAGGCGGGACUGCUGCUGGUGGAGGGGGGAAGACCGGUGCUGCGAGUAGCGCUGGUGGUGGUGGUGUUGCGGGGGCUACUACCGGCAUCCUUUCCGGGGGUGCGGAGGCAGACAUGACCGCCGCGCUGCGCAAGCUCCACGAGCUGGGGCCUUCCCUCGCCGGCAGGUCCUCGGUGUGCGAGGUCGCUUGCAGAUUCGCGCUGCCGGCGGUGCUGAACCCCCCCCCGGGGGGCGGCCGGGCUUCCGUGACGGUGACCACCUCGCUCCUGCUCUGGCUCCUCGAGGGGGACCAAGAGUCCUGCUCCGACGUGCUCGCAGAGCGCUGGGGUUCGUUAAGGUCUAGAGUGGACGCCCUUGCCGACGAGGUCGGGUGGUCCGACAGCCUCUCCCACCGUCUUUACCUGUUCCACACGGCCAUGGGUAUGGUUGCCAUGGACGCCAAGAAGCCGGCUGCUGCGGCGGGGGGGAGCAGGAGGAGUAAGGGUGGAGGAAGCGGCGACCUUCCGCGGGCGGGAGAGAUGAUGGCGGGUCUGGCGAGGCAGUCCCACACGCUGGCCGUGUACUUGGGCCUGGAAGAUGUCCCGGACGCCUCAGGCUCGCUUUUGACACCACGUUGCCCCCGGUAUCAUCGUCGAGGAAAAGUGCAUCACACACACACUCCCUUCUCCUCUCUAACGUUCUCCGUUACUAUCCGGCGUGGCGGCGGGCACGAACAACCGUUUCCGUUGAACACGAACACCACACCAGCCGCAUCUGCGAGCGACACGGACGCGGGCGCCGGCGGCACCGCUGCCGACGGGGACGCCGCUUCCAGCAGCAGCAGGAAGCCGCCGCCCGCCCUUCAACCCCGCACGGAGGAAGAGCGCCGCCGCGCCGCGGCUCCGGUGAUUGUCGCCCUGACCCUUCGCCUGAAGGUGCUAGCCCUCGCGGCCUCCAGGGGCCUCGGCGCCAGCUACCCGGCCUUCGCCGGGGGAGCGGCGGUGCCUGCGCUGGCGGGGCUGGUGGAGAUCCUCGCGUUCGGGCUCGCCAAGGCCGGGGCCAACCGGGCGCUGGCGCACCGGCAGCAACCGCAGCCGCUGCCGCCGCCGCUGGAAGCGCCGGCAGUCCCGGCGCCGGCGCCGGAGCCCGCCGCUCAGCCCCCGCGGCUGAAGGAUCCGUCGAAGGAGCCGCUGCUGCUGGUGGGUGAUUUGUUCACGGCGCCGGGCCCGGGAGAGGCGGAGGAAGGGGAGCUUCGUUGGGAGCAGGAACCGGGCGGGGUCGUGUCCGAACAGAGAGGCCUGGAGGCCGCCGAGCACGAGGCGCGUUUGCUUACCUGUGCGUUGCCGGCCUUGCGUUUGCUGCGGCAUUGCCUGGGCCGUCUCUCGGACGCGGGCGCGGAGCCUCCCGUCGGGCCCUUGGAUGCUGUGGGAGCCUUGCUGGACUUCGAGGCGGCGCUGGCGAUGCUCCCGCUGGACCUGCCGCCGUCGUCACUGCCCCCCGGCAGCGACGUUAAGCCUUCCCCCUCCCGGGGGGAGUCCUGGGACCUCGGGGCAACCCCGUCCGUGGCUCUCGCUCUGCGCGCCGAAGCCCUUGUGCUCAGCUCCUGCCGCCUGUGGUGCCCGCCCCGACCUUGGUCGCGGCUCCGCCGCAACGGCGGCGGCGGCGGCAGCAGCAGCAGCUUCCUCCACCGCGUGUCCGCGCACGCGCUCGCGUGCCCGGCGAACCACAUGAGCGGGGCGCGUCUCCUGACGGCCCUCUUACCCCCCGAGAGCCCGGCGGCGCUGCACCGGCUGGUCUUGCCGGUGGCGACGGCGGCGGCGGCGGCGGCGGGGGUGGCGGCCGCCGCCGCCGCUGACUCUAGCACUUCGGACGGAGGCAGCGUUGGCCGUCUCGUGGGGCGGGUGCACACGGCGGCGGCUCUCGAGCAGUCGGAGGGCUUUCGGCGGCAGGCCGUGGCGGCGCUCGAGCGCCGCGUCCGGGAAAUGCUGAAGCGCUGGGACGUGUGCGUCGCGGGGGACCUGUUUCCUUUGAAGGAGGCGGCCGCCGCCGAGGCCGGACCAGACGUUGAUGGCGGCGGCGCGGGCGAGGAGGGCACCGGGGACAAGAGCGGGAACGGGGCGUUCGACGGCGGCGGGGGUGGCGGCGGGGGGUGGCGGCCGUCGCUUGAGACGAACCCCGUGCUCGCCGUUACCGCUCCGGGGGUGGUGAACGUGCCGGCGGUGGUGCUGAGUCUGUGCCAUUCGGCGUCGCCGGUCUUGCACGGGAGGGUGCUGGAGCUCGCGCGGAGGGCUGUGGGCAUCGGGCCGAUGACGGCGAGGGCCCUCUGCGCGUCACUCGUGCGGUCGCUGAUUGGAUGCAUCGAGCGCUACAUGGGACAGUCGCAGCCGCUCGACGGAAGGUCUGACAAGGACCGCGAAGUGUCGUGGGAGUCGGUGUGCCGGGUGCUGACCGUCAUCCUGGCCGUCUCCGACAACCCCCACUCGGGCGCCGGGCGGGUCGGGCUUCUCCUCGGCGGGGUGAUCGAGGCCCUCAUGCCCUGCCUGGGCCUGCCCAAGCCGGAGGUCAUCCGCUCCGCCCUCGAGGUUCUGUGCAGUUUUGUGGAGGGGGCCCGCGUGUCGGAGGUUAGGCGCUACUCGGAGCCGGCGUGCUCUUUCGGGACGCUGGCCACAGCGGCGAGAAACGUUGUCGCAAAAUGGCAUCGUGUCGAUCUCCACGUGCACGCUUGGGGCGCGAGGCUCCUGGCGACGCUGGCGGCACAGCCCUCGGUAGCCGCGGACGCGCUGCAGGCGCUCAAGCCGAGGGGGGCGGAGGCGGCGGGCGUGGAGGCCCAGGAGGGAAAGACCACCAUGCUUCUCCCUCGCCUAUACGCGGGACUCCAGAAGGGUCUGGAAGACACCGGCAACCGUUACAAGCACCGGCUGUCGCUGCUGAAAGGGGGGCGGGUAUCGGAGCAAAAGGGGCUGGACCUGGAUCGGAGAGUCUUGAGGCUGGUGCGGGCGGCGUGCUGGGCGAUACAGGUACCACUGGCCCUGAUGGAGGAGGGUCUGGUGGACGCGGCGGUAGUGGCAGGGGUCCUGUCGCCGAAGGGAAAGGCGUCGCCCCAGGAGGAGCCGCUCUUCAAGAUCAAGGCCGCCGCCGAGGCCUUCCGAGACUUGCGCAAGUCCAUCGUAGACACUCUAGAGGCUGAAGCUUCCAAGAAGCUACAGGCAGGCGCCAAGACGGCUACAACACCAUCAAGUGCGGUAGCGGUAGCGGCCGCGGCGGCGGCCGCCGCCGUUGGCGGGGGAGAGGGAACGGGAGUGCACGCCCUCCUGACCGGUUUGAUGGCGUCCGAGCGCUACCUCGUGGGGCUGGUCGACGGCACCGGUCGGCUGUGGGCGGCGUGCGAAGCGGUCCGCGGCACUUCGACAAACCGGAACCCUCCCGUUAAGGACGAAAACAGCGGUCCGACCGGAACAGCGGAGGAGUGGUUCGGGUCAACGUCUCGCAAGAUCGUCGCCACGUGGCAGGCAGGGAAAGGAGAGGGCGCCGGCGGCGGAGGCGCGGGUCUGUGGGAGGAGCUGCGGCAGGGAAGAGAGGCGUGGCUGGAGCGGGGUCCGUGCAUGGGUCGUGCGCGUUUGUCUGCCGUGAUGUCGGACGAGCGGCUGACGGCGGCGCUGCUGUGGCGCACAGAAGCCGCCGAGCUGGAGAAGGCCGUCGCUGGCCGCGGCGCCGGAGCCGGAGCCGCCGCCGGCCGUGGGGAAACCGCCCCUCGCUUCCAAGCCCGCCCCGCUGCGCGGGCCGCUGGCUCCGGCUCCCACGCCGCCGUGGUUGCCGCCGCCGCUGCCGCAGCUGCUGCCGCAGCUGGCGCUGGCGGCGCCGGUCGCAAGCGACCGAGGGACGGCAAGUCGCUGCCGUUCGGGGCGGGUCUCAUGGCGCGGGGGGGAGGAGGGGCGCCUAGGGUGUUGCCGGCGACGCUAGGGGCGAUGAUGGACCUGGCGUCCAAGGACCCGGCCGAGUUCACCAGGGAGAUGAAUGACAACAAGAGAGGCGGGAGAGGGAAAGGAGACAGACGGGGUGUUUGA